CCCCCACCGGAAGCAGGCAAAGAAACAAAGAUAAUUUUGAGUUUCUUUUGCAGAACUUAACUAUUACAGCAAGAAGAGGAACAAAGAAAUGGCAUUAUAUUGAUCUGUAACAGAGCUUCACUGAGAUUGGUUACUAACCUCCAGAUGAACAUGGCCACAACAGUCAAGUCAUUUAUUGAUAAAGCGUUCAACACACUAACUCGAAGAGGGAGACCACAAUUCGAGAGCAUCAAUAAUGACGUUGAUGAACAAGAGCUACGAGUAGUCACACACAACAGCGAGAAGCCAUUAUCCAAAGAAUGGAGUCGCACACCCUCACCCGUCCUAUCCCCAGUUGAACCAAUCGGAACGCUAGAUGCUGACGAUAUACUUUUCCGUAAAAACAAUGUUUAUCUGAAACACCCUCGAAAGAAAAGCGUUUCGACGUCUUCAUCCCUUUCGCGUUCGUCUCGUGACUAUUCUCUGUCCUCCUCUCUAGGGGAAUCUGGUGACAGCUAUAACAGUAAGGAGACCAGACUGCCCAGGGCAGCAGCUGCAAGCCGCGAUAGCCAAGAUCUCAUUCCAGGCUUCCUAUUUAUUACAACCAGGGGCUCCGAUUUCGGAACCACACUCAUUUUAAACUGGGCCCCCAAUUCUAGUAUUUUAGCCCAACGCCAAGCAUCGCUAGUUUCCGUUGAUGUCACCCGAGGGAGUCGAAGUUUGUCUUUGUCGGAUAGUAAUAGUGGUGGGUUUGGGGGUGAGGAGUGUUCCUCCGUGUCCAUCGAUCUUGGACUCAUGGAGGUCAUUCGGGUUUUUUAUCGUAUUGGUGAUAAUGGGCUGCUCAUAUCUGGGGAGAUGGUCAUCACAAGCAAGGACCGGAAAUUCAGAGUAUUUCAUUUCAAGAAUGGUGGACUCAAUGACCUCAUCCACCUGUUUCGCUCGUGGAGUUUCUUCAAGCACCAUUGUCACAAGGAGACCCAUCAGCACACAUUCACCAUCUUUCGUCCCAAGCUGAGUCUCUCAGAGCUCCACCCAGACGAGGGUACGAUCAAGAGUGUUCUGACAAAAGAGGUGUGGAGAGAUCUGCUCGAUCAGGAGGGGAAGAUUGUGGACAGUGGAUACGUCAGGAAGGUUGUGUUCCUACAAGGGGUUUCUCCCUCGUUAAGGAAGGAGGUGUGGCCAUUCCUUCUGGGUCUCUACACGUUUCACUCGACUGCGGGGGAGAGGGAUGCCAUCAGAGCCAAGAGGAGGGACGAAUACUGGGCCCUUGACAAAAGAAGGAAAGAGAACGAGAGGUCUGGCGGUUACUUGAAGGAUGUGUCUGGGGGUGCUGACUCAGCAGGGAGGGGUGGCCGCCCAGACGUGUACCAUCAGAUAGAGAAGGACGUGGUGAGAACAGAUCGCUCCACCUCCUACUACAAGGGAGAGGACAAUGCUCACUGCAACACACUCAUGGAUAUCAUUUUGAACUACCUACUUUUUAAGCCAAACAUCCGGUAUUGUCAAGGCAUGACUGAUCUCCUGGCUCCUCUGCUGGCUGCACUGGACGAAGAGGCUGAGGCAUUCUGGUGCUUUACUAAACUAGUGCAGAGCAGUGCCUUCUACAAACCGGGCAAAGACCACAUCUCCGUCACUCAUCAGAUUGAGCCGCUGCGACUUUUGAUUGAGAUGCUCAUUCCAUCGUUCUAUAUCUACCUUGAAAAUAUUGAGGACGGGACCACAUUGAUGUUUUGUCACCGUUGGUUACUUGUCUGUCUCAAGAGAGAGUUCUAUGAAGAAGACGCACUGAUAAUCUGGGAGACGUGUUGGUCCAACUACAAGACGAACUCUUUCCAUUUAUUUAUCUGUGUAGCGAUUUUGGCGAUCUACGGACAGAAAGCAAUCGACAAGAACAUGCACAUAAACGAACUUAUGGUAUUUUUCAACACACUAAGCUACUCAAUGCCUCGAGAUAUUGUGCUCAGCCAAGCGAGAGGAUAUUUGCAUCAGUUCUGCUCAAGCCCUGAAGUUAGCUGUCUCCUGUAUUCGGUGAUGAACAAAGAGUUUUGGUCGUGUAAAGAUAGCCCGAAAUUGGCUUGCUCUGUUUGUAGAGGAAUCGGUAGCUGCUCUAGAACUGGGUUUGUGUCUGAUUAUGAAGCAGUAUGUUAGAAGGGAUUUAUCAUUUUUGUAUACAUAAAUCUAUACGUGUUCAUUAUUAUUUUGUGUGUGCAGAUAUAUUAAUAUAUUAUGUGCAUAAGAAGUGUUUGUUUUAUUCAGCCA